AUUUUUUGAACGAUUUAAUGACUUUGAGGCUUUCUGAUCGUGCAUUCAUUAAAUUUACAAAUUAUUGGUAGCUGGGUGGUUGGAAGUGUCAUUUUGAGUGACGGAGUUGGCAACACGGUUAAGUUGACAUUUUAUUGUUUUGAUUUAGAUUUGCCGGCUAAAUUACGAUUUUUUGGUAAUUUUUAAUAAAAAUCAACAUGAAAUUCCUUUAAAUUCAGUUUAGAUAAAAAAUUAUUGAUUUAUGACUCGAGAAAAAGUGAAAGAACUAGAAUAAUUCGUGAAAUUAAGAUAGAAUAAACUAACAAAGUUUUUUUUAUUUUCGUUUUUUUUUCGUCAAAUGAUGGAUGUUUUAAAUGACGAUUGUUUACGUGAGAUUUUAAAGUUCCUCCAGCCUCAUGAACUUUUACGCCUAUACGGUGUUUGUCGACGCUUUGAUUAUUUCAUCGAUGAGAUCCGAAGAAAAAUUCACAGUUUUGAGUUUCAAUCAAUUUCCGGUACUAGAUGGGAGUCGGAAAAAAUACAUGAAACAUUAGCAUUUGUAGGACCUUCAGUUAAAUCUCUCGUUAUAAAUCGAGGAAUACUUGACAUUCCAAAUCUUACGUUAUUUGAGCUAAUACACCAAUUAUGUCCUAAAUUGGAAUCCUUAAACGUUUAUAGAUGUACAUUGCGCUCUACGGAUAUCUUGAAUGAAUUGACUUUUGUGGUUAAAAAUUUGAAGUCCAUCAUCUUAACCGAUUGUAUUUUUAACAAUGAAUUAGGCGAAUGCUUUGCUGGAGCUGAUAAACUUGAAAAUUUAUCGAUUUACUAUAACAAUGGGAUUAAUGAAGAUUUUUUCAAGCAUAUCAAAAACUUGCAAUCAUUGAGUGUAAUUAAAUGUUCCAGCAUCAAACCGAAAGAAAUGUUGAAGAAUAAUUUAACAUUGAAGAAAUUAAAUGUUAAGCAGAGCUUUCACAUGAACAACGAUUUUAUUAACUUUAUCACUCAUAAUUUGACAAGUCUUGAAGAUUUAGAGUUUUCUGUAAAAUCUGACUCAGAUGUCAAAAUUAGCUGCUUCGGUGAGAUGCCAAACUUGAAACGAUUAUCUAUAUGUGGGGGAUCACGUGAAUUUACAACAAUAAUAAGAGAAUUUGACUUGUUGAUGGAAAAUCUUAAUCACAAAAAAAUUAUUGAACAGUUAGAAUUGUCAUGGUUUCAUCGAAAUAUCAUAAACUCUGUUUCAAAACUAACAAAUUUAAAGUCAUUAUCAUUGAAUUUCAUGGAUCUGCCAGAAACUGGUCUAAAAAACUUAGAAAAGCUGAAAAAAUUGGAACAUGCCGAAUUUCUUAGUGAAUGGAUUUCCAAAAAUGACAUUAUAGAAAUUGUAAAAGAUCAUAAAAACUUAAAAUACCUUAAAAUAGAUCACAGCAUGGACAUUGAAUUUCUUGAAAAAAUUAUAGCAAUCUUAAAAAUAUCAAAACGUCUUAAACUUGAAAUCAAAUCAGGUAUUGGUAUGAUAACCAAUAAAAAAACAACAAAACAAAAAUACCAUAAAUUGUUAAAUGAAAAUUCUCACAUUCUAACAUUGAUAGAGUAUUAUUAA